CUCGAGUCGCCCCGCCUCUCCUCACCACGGCGCCCUUCCAGCCAGGCCCUACUUAUUAGCGCUAGCUACAGCUAGCCUAGCACAAGAAGGCACAACAUGAGGAGAAGACGGGCGUCUGGACUACAAAACAGAGAGAAAACCGUAACUAAGUCGCGCACUCAGUCGGGUGUGAUGAUCGGGAGGAGAGCAACGGCCGUGCUGGUGGUGCUCCUGUGCCUUUGGGGGGCCGGUGUGCCGAGCGGUGCCCUGGCCGGGGCAGUCGAGUGUCCCACGACGGAGGGGGUCGGACGCUCCGGGGCGGACAUGCCGUCAGCUGUGGUGGACAUCCAGAAGGCGGAGUCGAGCCAGAGACACCACCUGGAGGCUCUGUUUAACCGCUACGGGGAGAACGGGACCAUCUCCCUGGCCUCACUUAAGAGCCUGCUGCACAACAUCGGCCUGGACCGCGUCCGGACCGUGACGGUCCAGCAGCGUCACCAUCACCACCACGGCGACCAUCACCACGGCGACCAUCCCCACGGCGACGAUGCACACAACCUCAGCUUGAAGCUCACGGACAGCCGUCCGUCGAUGGCAGCGCGGCUCUCCGACUCGCCCGAGCAGCAGGCUCCGUCCCUGGGGAGAGGACCGGGCGACGGGCACCGCAGGGCCGACGGCGACGGCCCCACGGGGCGCGGGCUGGAUGGGGACCACCACCACCAGGACCAUGACGACCACGAUGACCCCCAUCACGACCAUGAUGAUCACCAUCGGGACCCCCUCGAUCAGGUCCACCGGGACCAGCCCCUCCACCACCACCACGGCCACAAUCAAGACACUGAUCACCAGGAUCAGGAGCACCACGAUGGGCACCACCGCCUGGGCCUGGGCGGCCCCGACACGGCCCCCAACCGCAGUCUGGGCAGCACAGAGUGUCAGAACGCCUCAGAGGUCCUGAGGACCCACGGCAUGGCCCGGGACGUGGCCCUGACGCUGGGAGACUUCCGCUACCUCUGCCCGGCCCUCCUCCACCAGAUCUCCUCGGGGUCCUGCAUCCUCCACCGGGAACCUGCCGGGCACGGAGCCACAGGGAACGAUUCUCACACGCACAACCACAGUCGUCACGGUAACCACGAUCACGAAGACCGACGGGGGGACAGCCGAAAGAGCGUCGCCACGGCGUGGGCGGGGGGCUUCGUGUCCAUCACGGUCAUCAGCCUGCUGUCUCUGCUCGGGGUCGUCCUCAUCCCCCUCAUGAACAAGGUGUUCUUCAACUUCCUGCUCAGCUUCCUGGUGGCGCUCGCCGUGGGCACGCUCAGUGGCGACGCCUUCCUCCACCUCAUCCCCCACUCCCAGGCCACCCACAACCUCCACCACCACCACCACAACCACCACGAGGUCGCUGGGCCGGAGGGGGCGGGACCGGGUCUCCACGGCGACCAGGAGGAGAACCUGGACGGCGUGUGGAAGGGGCUGACGGCGCUCAGCGGAGUCUACGUCAUGUUCCUCAUCGAACACUUCCUGACGCUGGGCAAGAUGUACAAGGACCGCAAGAAGAUACAGAAGAAGUGGGACUCGAGAGAGAAGGAUCUGGAGGAGGUUCCCGCCCUGGAGGAGAACCACCUCAAGCCCCACGAAGACGCCGAGGCCAACGGGGGCGGGGCCCUGGCCGAGGAGCAGCAGCUCAUGUUGGCGCCCGCAGAGUCGGCGGCGGCGGGGGCGGCAGGCCACGCCCGCCCGCCGGACGCGGCCUACACGGACCAGGACUGUGAGCACAAGUGCCACUCGCACUUCCACGACACGGUGGGCCAGUCGGACCACCACCAUCACCACGACUACCACCACAUCCUGCACCACCACCACUCGCAGAACCACCACCCCCACAGCCACGCCCAGAGCUACUCCCAGGAGCACUUUGAGCAGGUGGGCGUGGCCGCGCUGGCCUGGAUGGUCAUCGUGGGCGACGGCCUGCACAACUUCAGCGACGGCCUGGCCAUCGGUGCUGCGUUCUCCGAGGGUCUGUCCAGUGGUCUGAGCACGUCGGUGGCCGUCUUCUGCCACGAACUCCCCCACGAGCUGGGGGACUUUGCGGUUCUGCUGAAGUCGGGCAUGACGGUGCGUCAGGCCAUCCUGUACAACGUGCUGUCGGCCAUGAUGGCCUACCUGGGCAUGGGCGUGGGCAUCGUCAUCGGCCACUACGCGGAGAACGUGUCCAUGUGGAUCUUCGCCCUGACGGCCGGGCUCUUCAUGUACGUGGCCCUGGUGGACAUGAUGCCAGAGAUGCUGCACAACAACGCGGGCGAGCAGGGCGUGGGCCACUGUGGCUUCUUCCUGCUUCAGAACGCCGGCAUCCUGCUGGGCUUCGCCAUCAUGCUGCUCAUCGCCGUGUUCGAACACAAGAUCCAGCUGGACCUGGGCUACUGAGUCCGGCUCCGGUAUUGGUCGGCUCCGGUCCGCAUCUCCCUGCUCACCCCCCCCCCCCCUCCCUCCCUCCCCUCUGGCUCUUCCCCUAUGCCUUGUUUUAAGUUCAUUUAUUUUAUUUAUGUUUUUUAGCUUGUGUCCCCCCGUUCUCUGCUCCAUCGCUGGCCGCUGGCGUUCUGCACGCUCUCAGGAGGUUCUGGAAGAGUCUCCCUGCCGGCGGUCAGAAGCCCAGCUGUGCUAGAACGAUAGACCCUACCUGAGCGGACCCCAGCUCCAGUGGACCUUCGAUACUGAUACGGGAACCGUGGUCCAAUUGUAAUGCUAAACAUUACACAUGGACAAAGUUCGCAACUUACACUGCACUGUAGACCCAGUGGGUCCAGUACAGGUAGAACCCGGUACUCGUCAAGUACUGGAGACCCGGUACAUGUAGAACCCGUUACUCUUCAAGUCUUGUAGAGCCAGUACAGUUACAAUCCGGUACAAAGUACUGUAGACCCAGUCCUGAACUACUGUAAUACUGUGUAGUCCUCUUCCCUAAACGGGUCCAGUAGGGUACAUCUUGAAGCCGAUACAGUACCUUCGGGCCGGUACAAGUUCAUAGUGGUGCCGUGCUGUGAUUUCAUGUCAUGACAAAACGUGUUACAUUUUUAUGUACAUUGAGAUCGCCAAAUGUUUUUUGUUACAGCGUAAUUUCUUUUUAAUAGUCAUACAAAGGUCAUGUUUUUUUUAGUAGUGUUGCAAUACUUUAACCAUUCUGUUUGGAUUGAAACAAUUGUCUACAAGGACGUAUUUGAUGGUAUAAAAGUGUAUUUAAUAUGAUUGAUUAUUCAACCAUUGAUCGAUAUCCUUCAUGCCCCCAGAGCGAGUCAACUGACCUGUGUUGGGUAUGAAGACCUUUUCCAGGACCAGUAUUUAAAUGUUGUAAAACUGCUCGUCUUCAUUUAAUUAAAUGUAGAAGAUGGCGCAGACUAAACCGUAUAUUCUCUGUCACUUUGAUCCAACUGGUUUAUGUUCCUUUAGGGUCUGCUGAGGAGAAGACUGUUCGGGUCUCUAGGUUCAAGUUGUAAACACUGUCGCUGAUUCACUGCACUGUGUUGCUCGUUACUGCUUGAAAUAUUUGUUGAAAAAUGGAACUUCAUCUCAUCGGAACAAUGGCAGGGCAUGUCAGAAAUAACUGUAAAGGGCUUAUUCUUAUUUGAAGAAAUUACAGACUUGCAUUUGGCCAUGCAUGGGUCGCUAAUGUACAAAUACAAAAGUAAGUGGCUUGGUGUCUAAACUUUAAUCAAACGUAACAUUUCAAUCUUCCAAUAUCCUCCUACCCCCAACAUGCACUACUGAGUUGUUUUUCAAAUUCAAACUGAACUUGAGGGACGUUGGUCACGGUUGAGCCAGUGCCAUUAUGUUUUAGAGAGAUUCUUUUUAUUUGAUCAUGUCUUGCCUUCUGACUGCUGUUAGGGCUCCACUGUGAUAGCCUACUGCUGUUAAACUGAACGCUCCACUCCUACCCCAUAACCAGUAUAAUUAAGGUACCUUCUAAUUUUUUUACUUUGCUUCUCAUGCCCACUGUUGAUCGUACCAGGUCUGUGGGCCGCUUGGUGUGUUUCUGUGUUUGUGACGCUCCAGAACAGAAUAAAGCUGCUUACCCGA